AUGCAAUUUAUAUCUAAUUGGUUAUCUUAUUUUCUUUCUUCAUGUGGGGUUGCAGAUUUAGGUGAAAUUUGUGAAUAUUUAUCAUUAUCACAAAACAUUAGCGACGAUGAUUUGGAACACGUUAAAGUAAAGUUCUCGAACCUGCAGAGAGACACAACUACUGCCUGGAUCGACCCAUUUGAGACACCAUUGCAAAACGCAUGUAGUCGCCGUCAGUUGGCCGAGAUCGUCAAGAAGCUACUAUUGCACGAAAUGACGAGUCGUGGCCAAAUGGCAAAUGACAUUUAUUGUCAAAGUUUAGCGCUCGAUAUUGCUGCUGGGAGUGGCAAUUUGAAGAUGGUUAGGGACCUGUGUGAACUCUAUCCCAACCAGCUGCUUGCUCAAGAUAAUUCAGUUUCCUAUGGGCUAGCAAUACCGGUUGUGCGGGCAUCUAAUGCAGGCCAUGGAAAGGUCACUGGCAACCUUUAUUUCAACAAUCAGAAUAUACUUCUUCCUAUUUUGAAGGAUAAACAAGGAUAUUGGGCUACCUGUCUCCUUCUGGAUGCCAUAUUUUAUGGAUUUCUAGACAUUGCGUUGGACAUCAUCAUAAAUGUACCGUCUGUGGCCGUGACUAAACACGCAAGUCAAAGAUCAACUCCACUUAAGUUCUUAGCUUUGAAACCUGACUUGUUUCAUAGCCACUCGGCCCACUCCAAUCUUGGAUUUUGGCGACGCUUCAUCUACUCUUGUAUAGAGUUGGAUUUUGAGGACUCGAAACCAAACCGAUGCCAACGUCUAUUUUCGAUGAUAAUACAACGUCGUCCCAAAUGGUUUGGUAUCAUGCAAACAUAUGAUCUAAAAGAAAGACAUUCUCAAGCUCAAAACUUGCUAAAAAAAAUGUGCACAGAACUACCAGGCAUGGUCAAGGACAAUAGUUGGAAAGAGAUGGUCUAUGGAGCACUACUUGAAGCGGUGAAGAAUGGGAACAAGGAAUUUUUCAUUGAGAUAAUCAAAUGUAACCCUCAACUUCUUUGGAUCUGGAAAGCUGACUCUGGCCGAAACCUCUUUCAGCUGGCCGUUGAAUUCAAGAAAGAUAAGAUCUUUAACCUCAUACAUGGUUUAGAUGAUAGAAAGGUCACGCUGCUUAGAUCUUACGACAAUAAAAACAACAACAUUCUCCAUAUCGCCGCUCAUCUCUCUACUCCCGACCAACUUUCUAAGAUUUCUGGAGCUGCUCUCAAGAUGCAAAGAGAGACUCAAUGGUUUAAGGAAGUAAAAAGCUUGGUAUCAGAACGUGAAGUAGUGCAAAAAAACAACAAGAAGAAGACCCCGCGACAAAUAUUCGAAGAUUCUCACGAAACUUUACGAAAAGAAGGAGAAGAAUGGAUGAAAUACACUGCCACUGCUUGUAGCUUCGUGGCAGCUCUCAUUGCAACUGUCACUUUUCAAGCCAUAUUCACUGUUCCUGGAGGUACUGAUCAAACUUCGGGUGCACCUAUCCUUCUUCAUGACUUACAUUUCACGGGGUUCAUCUUCACAAACACUCUCGCCUUCUUCGCCUCCUGCAUCUCUGUGCUCAUAUUCCUCAACAUUCUGACCUCAAGGUACUCUUUUGAUGACUUCAUUGUAUCACUUCCUAGAAAGAUGAUAUUGGGUCAAUCAAUUCUGUUUAUCUCUAUUGCCUCAAUGCUUGUUUCAUUUAUCACGUCCCUUUCCGCGUCAAUGCGGCACAGGCCAACGCUUGUAGUCCCACUCAAGCCACUCGCCAGCUUCCCUUCGAUUCUCUUCUUGAUGUUGCAAUAUCCUCUUCUCAAGGAGAUGAUUUCUUCCACCUAUGGCAAACGACUCUUCUACCGCGAUACAAAGAAUUGGCUACCAUGA